AAAAAUGAGUCAGUCCUACAAUAGCAUUGAGCCAAACGUGAUUGAUGAUGAAAUGCUUCAGAGAGCCAUUGAGGAGCAGCAUCCAGAGGACAUCAGGAAGCUUGCCAAAAUGGAAGGUGUUGACUUUAAGGAUGUGACAGAGCUGCAGCUUGGUUUUAGGAAUAUCCUGCAGAUUGGUAAUCUGUGGCAGUUUGAGAACCUGACUAAACUACAGCUGGACAACAACAUCAUUGAGAAGAUUGAAGCUCUGGAGAGUCUGGUUCACCUUGUGUGGCUGGACUUGUCCUUCAACAAUAUUGAAGUAAUUGAGGGCCUGGAUACCCUUGUGAAACUGCAGGACCUCAGUCUCUACAAUAACAGAAUCUCUAAAAUAGAGCAGAUGGACACGUUGCAGGAGCUGCAGAUUUUCUCCAUUGGAAAGAAUAACCUGACCACUCUGGAAGACGUGAUCUAUCUCAGGAGGUUCAAAAAGUUACGGUCGCUGAAUCUCGCUGGGAACCCUCUGUGCAACGAGGAGCAGUACCUGCUCUUUGUGGUUGGUCACCUCCCAGAACUGGUGUAUUUGGAUUUCAAGCUGGUGAGUGACACCACGAGAGAAGGUGCAGUUUCAAAAUACCGGGAUUCUACUGAGCUGCUGGAACAGGAGGAGGCUCAGGCUCUGGCUCAGCUGGAGGAAAAGCAGGCAAAGCAGAAGGAGAUGGAGUACCACCAGGCAGCCUUUGUUGAGCACCUGAAUGGAUCGUUCCUGUUUGACAGGAUGUUUGCAGAGGAUAUGGAAGCUGCCACGCUGGCUUACUUCCCUGAAGUGGAUGAGCUGCUGCAGGAAUACAGGAAGGAGUUUGUCUCGGCGUGUGAGAACCUGUUUAACUUUGGUCUGAAGGAAUAUGAAAAACGAGAAGCUGAAGUCUCAGAAUUCUACCAAAGCCUUGAUGAGGUUCUCAGUGCCAGCCAGCAAGAGGGCAGGAAAAUAAUCCUCGACUUUGAAAACGAGAACAAAAAGAGCCUGGAUGAGAUUCUUGCUGCAGGUAGUUAUGAUAUUGCUGACUCCAAACGAGCUGAGUGCAGGAAGGACAUAUGCCAGCUCUCAGAAGUCCUCAUGACCUUGGAAAUACAGAUAGCUGACCAGAUGGAGGAACUCAUAAAGGAGUUUAAAGGAAACAUUGCUGUCAUAGUGUCAACAUUCAUUGAGAACGUUAAGGAGCUCGUGACCCAGUGCCGGGAUUUGGAAAACCAUUACCAUGAAAAGCUGCUGGAAAUGUCCAUCUCUGUGCUGGAGAGAUCAGCCAGCAAUGAGCUCGAGGAGGAUUUGCCAGCUGACGUUCAAAAGCUUCUCGUGGACAAAAACACCAUUGUCAGUGCUCUCAACGUGUCCCACAGCAUCCGCCUGAGGAUGAUUGAUAUGAGAGAGAGUGACAUCCUCAUCAGCACCUACCACUGGCAGGCCUCUGUCACUGAGAAGGCUUCCCAAAAUGAGAUAGAGAGGAACCGUGAGCGUGUCAAAGAGAUUGUUCAGUAUGUGGACAGACUCCAGGAAGAGCUGGACAACAUUGAGAUCCUGGACAUGAUGGAGUAG